AGACCGGAACCGGAAACAGGGUUCGUUUCCGGUUCGACUUCGAAUGAAGCAGUGAAUGGAGCGGAGCCGAAUACAAACAGGCAUGGAGAUGACGGCGAAGGAGCGGCGGCAGGUGGAGGAGCAAGUGGAGCAGCUGCUGAGCGGCCAGGGGUCAGAGGUCACUCUGUGUGACCUGGGUCUGGAGCUGAGCAAGCCAGCGACUCUGAGGAAGAACGUCACCUACAUCGUCUGCGGCAUCAUUUUCAACGAGCAGGAGGAGGUGCUGAUGGUGCAGGAGGCGAAGCCCGACUGCUACAAGCAGUGGUACCUCCCAGCGGGGCGGGUGGAGGUGGGGGAGAGCCUGGAGGAGGCGCUGCGGAGGGAGGUGAAGGAGGAGGCGGGCUUCGACUGCCAGCCAAUCACGUUGCUGCUGAUCCAGGAACAGGGACCGCAGUGGAUCCGCUUCAUCUUCCUGGCCCGCAUCACAGGAGGAAGCCUGAAGACUCUGGCGGCGGCGGACCAGGAGUCUCUGCAGGCGUCCUGGUGGGACCGACAGUCCAGCCUGUCCCUCAGGGGGCGGGACAUCCUGCGCCUCAUCGACUACGGACUCAGGUACCACAGGAGCCCCUGGCACGGCGCCUCGCUGCCUCUGGACCUGAGCUGCCGCCACAUCGUCCAGCGGACGCUGCUGCUGUUCGUCGGAGCCGAGAAACGGGUCUGGAUCCUGCUGGUCCAAGCCCCGACCCCCCACCUGCCCACAGCGGCGGCCCUGAAGACGCACGCCGUGACGUGGGCGGCCAACAUGGCGGUGCAGGAGGCGCUGCCGGCGUCGUACUACGACCAUGACGUCGCCACGCUGGGCGUCCUCAGCCUGCAGCACAACGGCCGGCAGCACGGCCGCACCGAUGGCGUCUGCUUCAACACGCUGGCGGCGCUGGCGCCUGACCGGCCGCAGCGGGACGAGGACGGCCUGGCGGCGGAGCGGCCGGCGCCCGCCACGCCCCCGCCGGUGGAGAACCCGCGCUACGUCUGGAUGGAGGUCCGGGCGCCGCCGCUGAGGGAGGAGCUGCUGAGGCAGAGCCAGAACCCGACCCUGCUCCCGAUCCAAAGCCUGUACUGACAGGAAGUCACUGCCGCCGGGCUCUUAUUGUGAAGGGAACGCCACUACGUUCAGCUUUUAUUCUGAAAUGUAAUGAUGACAGUCCGACCUGCCGGUUCAAACCCACCGGACCUUCAGAACCUGGUUUUAACAGAACCUGAACAGAACCGGGGCGAGUUUCAGAAUAAAAGCCUUGAAAACGUCUCCAGCUGAAUAAAAAGCCAUAAAGACACUCCGGGUUCUGCAGGACAAACGGGUCGGAACGGUUCUGCUCAGCAGGAAAAACACACAUGAGUACGGAGGCCUGAAGGGGACAAAAUAAAUCAAAACUAAAACUUCCUGUUUCAGCUCCUGUUUUACAACAGAUUUAGUUUCUUAAACAUUUUAAAGACACUCGCACUUUGAUAAAAGUAUCUUAAAAUAUGUAGCUUAUGUUUGUUUGCACUGUUUCUUAUUUCUGAUAUUAAUGUUAUUUUUAUAUUGUGUUUGUUUCACAGAUGGAAACAAUUCAGUUCAAUCAUUAAUUACAUUUACCAUGAAAUUAAUAAAAGUUUAACUAAUUGAUUCACAGUGUAACUAAAUUCAAAAUCUUUUUACCAAUAAACUGUCUAAAUUAUUGCAUAAAUUUUUAUCUUUAUGUUUCUGUGGAAGUUGUGACAUUUUUGUGAUAGUCAAUAAUUUCUCAGACUCUAAAUUGUUUCAUUGUGACUCUGCAGGCACAGCAACAAUAAAUUAAUCAUGCACACCAUUAAUUAUGUACUUAUUAAAUUAUUUAAACCUUAUUUUAAUUUUUAUUCUUGGAUGAUUGUAUAUUUAGUUGCUUGUUUGCUGUCCUGUUUUAUUUUUUGUUGGAUGUUUGGA